AUGUCAGACAGAAGUGCUGGCAGUUUGAAGAAAGGAGAACGCAACAAAGGGACCUGGACUUUUGAGGAGGAUAUUCGACUUAUUUCCUAUAUCACCUUCAAUGGCGAAGGGCGUUGGGAAUUUCUAGCCAAAGCAUCAGGGCUAAACAGAAGUGGUAGGAGCUGCAGGCUGAGAUGGGUGAACUACCUUAGUCCUGAUCUCAAUCACACCAACAUGACUCCCCAGGAAGAACGUUUGAUUGUUGAUCUCCAUGCUCGUUGGGGAAACAGGUGGUCUCGGAUUGCAGAGAGUUUACCAGGCAGGACAGACAAUAGAAUCAAGAAUUUUUGGAAAACCCAUCUCAAGAAAAAAAUUCUACAUAAAGGAAAUGCUGGCGACAAAGUACAUCUUGAGAGUUCAAUUCAUUCUUCCUCUCUCCCAUCUUCAUCUACGACAGGAGCACAACAUCAAAGUGCUAUUAGUUCGUUUCAACCAAAUCCUAUUACAUUUAUGACUAACGAGUUUCAAUCUGAAGCCCAAAAUGCUGCUGCUCCGAAUGGUGUCCAAUUUAUACCAGCUUUGGCGCAGGAAGAAUAUUCAACCGAUUUAGCUUACAACUUCUCGGGGGAUCUUUUCAGCUCUGAAUUUUCUACCGAUUUAGCUUACACUCCUUCGCCAGAGGCCUUCUCCAAUAGAGAGUUUUAUUUUGAUGAAUUAUGGAACAUGGAUCAGUAA